AUGAACAACUCGCAGUUCCGCCGGCUGCUCCUGAGCGACCAGGCCAAGCCGCAGGACGGCAGCAGCCAGAGCGCAUCGCCGGCCUCGCGCACGCCGGCCUCACGUACGCCGGGCGGUGCACUCGGCGCGCGCAAACACUCGAGCAUCCCCAUGACCCCGCGUCAAGUGGGCAGAGGGUCGUCGGUCCAGGCAGACUUCGCCCGCCAGCUGGCCGAGCGCAACGCCAAAGCCCACCCGCAGAAGAAGGCGCGCGCCUCGGCACCCAAGGGCACCCAACUCGCCGCCGGCUACACAGACCGCACCAAGGAGCGCGUCGACGACGACGACAGCGAGCUCGCCAAGCGAAUCAAGAACCUCGACGAGGCCAUGCGGCUCGGCCAGAUCGACCGCGAGACGUUUGAGAAGCUGGUGCAGGACAUGACGGGUGGAGACGUGGGCACGACACACUUGGUCAAGGGCCUGGACAGGAAGCUGCUCGAGCGCGUGAGGCGCGGCGAGGAUGUUCUGGCCGGCCACAAAGACGCAGCUGCCGUGGGAGGAGAGGAGGAGGAGGAGGAAGAGGAGGAGCAGGUCGAGGUUGCGUCCGACGUCGAAGACGCCUUUGACGAGCUGGCCGAGGCAGACGUGGGCCCACUCACCCGUCAGCAGGUGGAGAAAAAGGGCGAAAAGCUCAUGGCACCGCCGCCGCCGCCACUGCCCGUCGCAGGCGCAAAGAGGACACGGGCCGACAUCCUGGCAGAGCUCAAGCGCCAACGUGACGAGGCAGCCAGGGCAGCAGAGGCAGAGCAUGCAAAGAGGUUCCCGACCUUGGGCCCUGGCUUUCGCAAGGUGACCCCACAGGGCGAGCGAUCCCGCAUCGAGACCGACGACAAAGGCCGCGAGGUUCUGAUCAUCACAGGCCCAGACGGCAAAGAGAAGAGGAAGGUGAGGAAGCAAAAGGCCGAACCCCAGCCGGCGCCCGAGAUACGGCACGACCUGGACGACGCCACGAAGCCCAUCAACAUGCACAAUCUGCCCGCACCAAAGCAGCGGGACGAGGCCAAGUCCGACGACGACGACAUAUUUGCUGGCGUUGGGUCCAACUACAACCCCCUUGCGAACCUCGACGACGAUGAGGGUGACGACGACGACGAGUAUUCUGGGGAGGAAGGAAAAGCUGCGCCAGAAGCUAUCGUCGAGAAAGCACCGUCAGCACCAGCCGCCGUCCCGGUCUUUCCGGGGCCGGAGACGGAGGAGGGCCUUGCAGCGGGAGCAUCGAAACCCUCUGGACCCACUCCAUCCGCCAAACGGGACUACUUCAAAUCCAGACCCACGCAAGGUACUACACCCGACAACACAUCCGGUCUCUCGUCUGCCGAUGCCACCGUCCGAGCUGCCCUUGCCAAAGUCCGUAACCUCGAUGAGAAGUCGACUCUCUUGCAAAACCUAUCCUCGGCCAACCCCAGCGAUGCUGAAUCUAAAGAAGCGCGCCUCAAGAAGCGCGCUGCCGAGCUUGCAGCCUCAGAUCGUGACAUGGAGGACAUGGACAUGGGCUUUGGCGAGUCACGAUUCGACGACGCCGACGAGAUGGAGAGGGAAGGAGAGAAGGUCAAGUUCAGCGAGUGGAAGGGGCUGGGCACUGGCGGUGACGACGAAGACGAGGACGGACUCAAGGCUGCGAAGAAGAGGAAGCGUGGACCGAAGAAGAGGAAGGGCGAUGUCAACAAUGCUGACGAUGUGCUUCAGGCCAUGGAAAGGCAAAAGGAGAAGAAGACAAAGACACUGGGGUGA